GGCAGAUACUGACCGUGGAUCAGAGCUAUCGACGGUUGACACCUCUUGAUCUGCGCUAGAUCAGACUCCGCCCUUCGCAGCGUUUGGCAGUCAGAAUGACUGUCGGGAAAAAAAAAAAAGUGAACAGAGAAGCGCGGGGGCAAUGAUGCAGAGGACAACGCAUCUAGGAGGAGAAUACGGCGGGUACAAAACCACGUGUGUGGAAAGGGACGUCACGAAGUCGAUCGAUUUCUCAUUGCAAGCUGCUUGUGUUGUCUUCCUCCCCGUUCUAGCAUCUCUCACUUCGCUGCAAGCGCCAUAGCUUAGCAGCAAGUUCUUUCCUCUUUCGUCCUUGGGCCUUGUAGAUCCAGGAAGAGUACUCUUAGCCGAGAAGAUGGCGGCGGCACGCAGUUCUUUUUUGGUGAUGGUGGUGUUGGUAGCGUCAGUGUUCGCUACUGCUAGCGCGGCUGAUCUCUUUGGCACUCUGCAGAGCGAUCAACGGUUCAAGGUCGUGGUGAAGGCCCUCGUCGACACACAGGAAGUCGACGCUCUCAGAGAUCGAUCCAACGGAUCAGUGCCGUUCGUCUUCAUUGCCCAGACUGAUGAGGACCUCGAAGUGGGCCUCGGACCUGAUGGUCUGGCGUGCAUCACUCGGCCCGAGCACGUGAAGGACCAUAUGGUGCAGAUUCUGCGAUUCAUGGAGGUGGGACCCUUGUCGCGUCCGGUGAAGACCGCAGCGGAUCUGCAGGCGGUUGCAGUCGACAACAAGCUGCCGACCAUCAACGGCAUGCCAAUCUUCGUGGAGCCGGCGACGGGCAGCGGAGUCAUCCUCAGGGGCGAUGCUGAGCAAGAGCAGUUCUCGGCAACGGUAGCGGAGGUGAAGCAGAUCAACGCGAACGUGGCUCUGGUCGUCCUUUCGAACGGUUUCCUUGUCCCCGCACAGGUCGACGAGCAAAUCACGAUGGCCUGCUUCCCGUCCGCAGCAUUGUCGUCCUCCCCCGCAGUUCCCGUCGCCGCGUCAUCGAAGCAUGCCCCGAAGUCCAAGAACGCCCCGUCAUCCAACGCUGCACAGUCAACUCCUUCAUCUUCGCAAUCUGCGCGUAGAAAGAUGCUCCCGGAUCUGCAGGCGGUUGCAGUCGACAACAAACUGCCGACCAUCAACGGCAUGCCGAUCUUCGUGGAGCCGGCGACGACAAGCGGAGUCAUCCUCAGGGGCGAUGCUGAGCAAGAGCAGUUCUCGGCAACGGUAGCAGAGGUGAAGCAGAUCAACGCGAACGUGGCUCUGGUCGUCCUUUCGAACGGUUUCCUUGUCCCCGCACAGGUCGACGAGCAAAUCACGAUAGCCUGCUUCCGGUCCGCAGCAUCGUCGUCCUCCCCCGGAGUUCCCGUCGCCGCGUCAUCGAAGCAUGCCCCGAAGUCCAAGAACGCCCCGUCAUCCAACGCUGCAGAGUCUGCUCCUUCAUCUUCGCAUUCCGCGCGUAGAAAGAUGCUCCGUGGCUUCUGGUGGUCGCGUGCUGCGCUGACCGUCGAUGAAAGUCUCGAGUGUGGAUUCGAUGGGACGCCGCGUAACGGAAUGCUUCAAUAACCGGGACGGCAACGAUCAAUCAAUUUUCCAGAAGCCC